AUGUGGUCGUCUUUCACGGUUGCGAUAAAGCCGUUGCUGGUCACGAGCAUAUGCCUAAUCCAGUCUAUUCAAUGUCUAAAGACUGUUGAGAUCCCCUUCACCCGCAUGGCCGACCCUAACAGCAACUUCGUUGCAUCGAUGCAAAUCUCGGUUGGAUCUCCACCGCAACAAGUUUUGGCGAUCUUCGACACAGGGAGCAGUGAUCUCUGGGUUCCUCAGCUCAACAGCCGCCUAUGCAAAGACCGCUUGGCAACAUGCACCGCCAGCAACGGCAGGAACUCUAGCGUCUCAGGUGCAUUUGAUAACGCCAAAUCAACUACCUUUAAUGCCAAUCGCUCUCCGUUCGAGGCUACGUACGCGAAUGGUGUUGAAAUUCAAGGAACCUUCAUGUCAGAAUCAGUCACGGUCGGCAACACAUCGAUCUCAAAUAACACUAUGGGAUUGGGUCAGACUGGCAAGCUGACAUCACCCCUGAUUGCCAUCCUGGGCGUCGGCCCCUCGAGCUCAGAGGCGUCCGUUCUCGCCAAUAAUGCUAAGCCGUACACGAACUUUCCAGAAAAUCUCAAAGCCCAGGGGCUCACCAAGUCGCUGGCUUACAGUGUAUACUUGAAUGAUUUCAGGUCGCCUACUGGAAGCGUCGUGUUUGGCGGGAUGGACACUGCCAAGUUCACAGGACAAAUGCAGAUGAUCCCUCUCGUUGGACAGAAGCUAUUCAAAUCGAAUGACUUCAUCGUGCCUUGGACUUCCUUCUCCUUCUCGGCAGACAAGAAUGCCAAACCAACUGCAAUUGGGGGAAACAACUUCCCACCCGUCCUCGUUGAUACUGGCAACCCAUCCUUAUCCUUCCCACCAAAGAUAUUGGAUCUAAUCGGACCGGCUAUCAAUAUCCAAACACUACAGGAUGGAACGAAGGCAUUGAAGUGCAGCAGCGGCGAUUCGGGUGCCAAGUUCAACUUCGAGUUCCAGACGGCCAAGGUCGAGGUCCCUCUGUCGAUGAUCUUCAUCCCCCUCAUGAAGAACGGGGCACCCGUCACCGACAAGAGUGGCAGUUCCCUGUGCACACUUCCGUUAGAACCCAUUGACAGUAACGUAGCAUCUUUUGGUGCGCCUAUGCUUUCGGCUGUGUACACGGUCUUUGAUCUUGAGAACAAACAGCUCGGAAUGGCACAGGCUAAACUAAACGAGUCAGCAUCAAACAUCGAGGAAUUUGUGCCAGCCAACCCAUCGAAGGGAACAGCCAAACGGCCACAAGCGCAAAGUGUGACAAACCCGCCGACAUCUUUUGGCAUCAGAUCCAACCAGCUUGCCAUAAAACAGACUCACGAGGAUAUGUCUCCCGCGUCAUCGAUUCACGAUCCAGGCGAAAGCCAGCCGCUCCUCUCGAGGCAUCGACGACGCACCGGCACAUUCCAACUGCCAUCAUUCAAUGGCCAGCGACUCGUGUCGCCCCUAUCCAUGCGACGUGCCUCCCUACAGGAGGUUCACCCACAUCACGAAGACGUCGAGCCAGUACUGCCGGCCGCGCCAGUCGCCGCCCACCAAGAGACGCGCCUACACAAGCCGCAAUGGGCGCUUAGUGACAGGCCACCAAACACAUGGGCCCAAAUCCGUCAUUACUGGCGGGAGGAAUUUGCUGAAUUCUGGGGUACCUUCAUGAUCUUGCUCUUUGGAGCAGGUGUGGAAUGCGAGACGCGUCUGAAUUACCAGUCGGCCGACAUCCGCGAAAAUGCUGGUGACUUUUUGCAGUGCCGCCUGGCCUGGGCCGCCGGCGUGGCUAUGGCCGUAUGGAUGUCCGGUGGCGUAUCAGGUGGACACUGCAACCCAACCGUGACAGUUGUCCUCGCCCUUUUCCGCGGCUUCCCCUGGCGCAAAGUGCCCGGCUUCUUGGCUGCGCAGGUCUUGGGUGCUACCUUCGCCAGUCUUGCCGUCUAUCUGAACUACUCCACCAGCAUUGCAGAGUACGAGGGCGGCGCUGCCCGCACUUUGAUCGGGGAACAUGCCACUGCCGGUCUCUUCUUCACCUUUCCCAAGUCUGGACUUCCUUAUGCCGGCGCCUUUUACACCGAGUUCCUUGCCUCGGCCGCGCUGGUGGCUAUCGUGUUUGCUCUGGCUGACAAGAACAACCUAUCGCCGCCAAAGGGCACGCAACCCUUUGCUAUGUUCUUGGCUUUGCUGGCCAUCGGCUCCGCCUUGGGCAUUAACACUGGGUACGCCAUGAAUGGUGCCAGAGAUACUGGUCCACGUAUUGCGUUGGCUAUCGUUGGCUAUGGCUCGGAUGUCUUCACUCAUGACUCUUACUACUGGCUGUGGGCGCCUUGGGCUGCUGCUAUUGUUGGUGGUAUCGCGGGUGCUUGCGUGUAUGAUGGAUUCAUCUACACUGGGCGUGACUCUCCGUUCAACAUCCCGAGGAAGGAAGAUGACUGA